UUUCUUGCAUCAGUGUUGUGAGGGAAGCUGCUGAUGGUGAUCACGAAGACAGACAGGUGAUGUCACUGGGACCUGGUCUGCCUCUUUCUAGUCCACCUGUUCUCCCUGCAGAGAGAUUUAAGAGAAACAUGGAGAAGGAUGCCUCCCUGCAGGCAGGCACAUGGAAAUGGGAUGUCUGGCUUGCCUCUGGACUUCCUUCCCUCCGUGUUGAAGUCUUUCACUCUGAGCGCUGGUACUCCAAGAAGGCAUGAACUUUUUCUUUCACUUCCUUUCUUCUAUGGGUGAUGACCUGCCAUCUCUCUGAGAAGGAGUCUGAAGGUCACUGAGUGUCAACAUUGCCACCCCUCUCUGGCUUAAGCAGAAAGGGCGGGGGGCGCUGGCUGGUCACCCAAGGAUUUGGAGAUCUGGCAUGACAACAAUAGUUCUCAGAUGUCACGUGUGUUUCUGCCUGAGGGCUCUGCGUACCACCCUUCGAAGGACUGUCAUAUUUUCUCUGGAGUGUCCUUUUGCUAUCUACCUCUGUAGGAGGUUGGGAGGAGGGCGUGGAAGCCAGCCCUGGGAGUCCUUGAGGAAGAAGGCUGUUGGAGGUCUUGCAGAAGUCAAGUCCGCUCACGGCUGCGUCCUGUCAAAGGCAGGCAAAAGCCUGCGGGAGUUGGGCAAAGAGCCCUGGGUCACACUGGGCCAGCCACCGACAACGGUGGCCUCUAGCUGCAGCUCCAGUCUGGGUCUCGGUCCACUCACAGCGCGGCUUCAGGACCUCAUGGCGCUUUGGUGGACAGCGGGAGGGGACAGAGGCUUCCAAACGCCUUAAUCUCCCCGCCCAUGCUCCGCCACGGAAAAAACAAAACAGGCUUGCGAGAUCCCGCAGCGUCCGAAGACAUCACUGCGCCGAACGUCACCCUCGCUCUGGGUUUGGGGGGAGAGCGCACCGGCUGGAGGAGGAUGGUUCAGCGCGGGCUGAGCUGGAAGGGGUUCUCCGCUCGUCCGGCCGCCGCCUUCGCGUCCCUGCCUCCCUGGCUGCUCAGCGCCUCGGGGGUGGCGGCCGCGCGACCGAGCAGGGGAUGCGCUUACAUAACCGCUCGCCGGGUCCUGCUGCCUCGCGCGCUCGGGAGCCGCGGGCGGGGCGCGCCGCGGGACCGCGAUGCUGCCGGGACCAGCGCGACAGGGCCCCGGCCGGCCCGGCAGGCGGAGGAGCGGGAGCAGCGGCGGCGGGAGGAGGGCGCCGGCGGCGGGGGAGGUGAAGGCCAGCCUGCCACUCCUCCUGCUAUGAUGCCUGGGCAGAUCCCGGACCCUUCGGUGACCGCAGGCUCUCUGCCAGGGCUCGGCCCCCUCACCGGACUUCCCAGCUCGGCUCUGACCACAGAGGAGCUGAAAUACGCUGACAUCCGCAACAUUGGGGCCAUGAUUGCACCCUUGCACUUCCUGGAGGUGAAACUGGGCAAGAGGCCCCAACCUGUGAAGAGUGAGCUAGACGAGGAAGAAGAGAGAAGGAAAAGGCGCAGAGAGAAGAACAAAGUCGCCGCCGCCAGAUGCCGGAACAAGAAGAAGGAGCGAACGGAGUUUCUGCAGAGGGAGUCAGAGCGGCUGGAGCUCAUGAACGCAGAGCUGAAGACCCAGAUAGAGGAGCUGAAGCUGGAGCGGCAACAGCUCAUCCUGAUGCUCAACCGCCACCGCCCCACCUGCAUCGUGCGCACAGACAGCGUCAGGACGCCCGAGUCCGAAGGCAACCCGCUGCUGGAGCAGCUGGACAAGAAGUGACUGCAGGCCUGGAGGAGGCGUCAGAGGAAGAGGGGAGGGGGGCGGAGCAAAAGGAGAAGAGGAGCGAGGUGAUGGAGGCCCCCUCCCGGGCGCAUGACAAACUCUUACGAUGAGGCUUAGUGUAACUGGCCUCCAGCUGGCCCUUUUCUGAAACUCAGCCCAGACGCGCAAGAGCAAGAGUGGACUGAAGAAACCAGAGGGACCAAGCGUUGAGACCAAAGUUGACCCGCAGGUAAGGGCUGUCCCACUCCAAGGCUCAGCUUGAUGGCCACCUCAGCCAGGGAGAUGCCCAACCAGGCAGCCUCCUCAGGCACUCCUCUGGCCUCUCUGCCAAGACUCCCACCCCAGGGACGACCGAGCCGCCAAGAAAAGCCAUGCGUCACAAACACAGUGUGGCCGAGGAUGGAACUCAGCGUGGACUCCAGUCCAUCUUCCCCAGUCCUGCCCAAGACCGAUGGAAAGGGGUGCACCGUGUGGGCUGUGGUGGCCCUGCCCAGGUGGCACAGCCUGGUGGCCCUGCUGGAGUUUGCUGUGGCACUGAGGCGCGGGCGCCCUUCCAAAGCACACACUCAAUUGAUGAAUGUUUACAGACUGGCUGUCCUGGCGGGGCUUCCAACUGCACAUGUUUUUUUUUAUACUUUUUUUUUUUUUUAAUAUUUUUUACAAAAAAAGAAGAUUUUAUACAAGCAAUAUAUAUAUGGAUUUCUAUAAUCACUUGAUGUGACACAGUACACAUAUGCUAUGAUCUGUUGUUACGGACAUCCACCCACCAGUUACAGCCAUUCUAAUCCUAAGUACUGUAGGCUCUGGGUGUUGGGGGGGCGGGUGGCCCGGCGGGUGGGGUGCAUUUCCAUCCUUGUAAACCCUUCCUAGUACUCAGUCCUGUAUCGCUCAGUAAACAUUGCUCUUAAUUACCCAGCUGCCUCAAGUGGUGUCUGCCCAGGGAGAGGGCAUGCCCAGGGCAGGAGGUGUUUGGAGUAGUUUCCAUAGCUGCCCUCCCAGGUAAGCCUGAAUAUGCCCAUUUCACAGAUGAGGAGGACAAGGCCUAGAGAUGUUAAAGAACUCUGUACAUACCAUUUUAAGAGUACUUACUUCAUUUAUUUAGGCCAACUUUUUUUUUUAAUAUUUAUUCUUAUUAUUUUUAAGUGUGUGUGUGUGUGUGUGUGUGUGUGUGUGUGUGUGUGUGUGUCUUUGUGUAGAUAUGUGCAGAGUGGAGUUACAGGCUCUUGUGAGUCACCUGAUGUGGUUGCUGGGGAUCAAACUUGCGUCCUCUGAAAUAGCAGCAUGUGCUCUUAACUGCCGAACCAUCUCUUUCCAGCUCCCACAGAUGUUUUCUGAGGGCACCCUUGAAUGUGCCAGACACCGCAACGAACUGAACCUUUGCUGGGGAAUAAACAAACCUUGGUCUUGCCCCAUGGAGACCACAAUGGG